UCCUCAUUCUCUCUUCUCUCCACAGUAUGUCACCUUCCCUUCCUCGUUCUAUCUCAAUCCCUCCCUAUCCCUCCCUCCCCUCCUCCCUGUCUCCCUCUCUCCUUGUGAGUGUAGUGUGGGCAACCUGCCAGCUGGCGUGCAUGUUUUUUGAAUGAAUACCUGAUGAAGUUGGUGGAGGGAGGCGUGGGAGGAGCCGUGUCUGUGUGUGUGUGUGCUCUGCUCUCUUCUACGGAGCACACCCCUCUCCACCAGGACUCUGUUUGGGAUUUUCCGCUUCGUUCCGGGUGGAGGGAGAGAGAGAAAGAAAAAGAGUGUGAGAGAGAGAGGCACCCUCUAGGGCUUUUUGUAAGAGAGAAGGACAGUGUGAGCUAAGAAGAGAGAGAGGGAGAGUGAGAGGCAGAGAGAGAGUGAGAGAGAGAGUGACAGUGAGAGUCAGGCUGGUAGCAUGCAGCAGGAGAAGGCUACUCCAGAAGGCUACUCCAGACACACUGGUUCCCGCUGCCAUCCAGGAGGCUAGCUCUCAGAGGGAAAUGAUUCCGCAUGAAGUUGACGGACGGCUCUCUUCCUCUCUCCACGGAAACGGCAGGUGUGACUCUCGCUGCUCCCACGGCAACAGCAGGUGUGCCCCUCUCUGCUUCUCGCUGAGCCAGAGCCAGGCGCCCGACAGACGCUGAGCUACAGGACAGGACAGACCCCCUCCGUCCCUCUCUACUCCCUCCACCCUACCCCCUCUAACUUACCCCCUACUCCCUCUAACUUACCCCCUCCAACCUUCCAGUCCUCUGACCCCAGCCACCCAUACAACCAGCAGGAGGGCCUAUUCUGUCAACGAGGAAAAGCCAAGAGACAGAGAGAGAGUGAGGGAGACAGCCAAAGACAGGAGUGAAAUAGAGAGUGAAUGAGGGAAAGACCGAGAUAGGAACAGAAAGAGAAUUCUAAAGUGACAGUGUGAGAGAGACAAGCCAAGGCUAGUGUAUGUCACAGGAAGUUGAGAGAGAAAAGAUAACAGUAUGAAGUCCAACCAGGAGCGCAGCAACGAGUGUCUGCCCCCCAAGAAGAGAGAUUUCCCAGCCAGCACUGUGGACGAGAGGCCCCUGGUGAUGGCGCCUGCCAGUGAGAGCCAGCGCGGAGAGAACCUGGCAUGGCUGGCCAGCGUAGCCAGCGGGCACAACAGCGGGCACGAUAGAGACAGUGGCGGAGGUGGCCUCGAUGGCAGUAGAGGUGGGCAGCGUAUCAGCACUCCCAUUGAGUCUGACGGGCCACAGUACAAACCGCUAUGCUCCACCAUCACCACGCACACAGACUUCCUGGUCCCUUCCUCUAUCUGUUCCAUCUCCUCCUCCUCCUCUUCAUCACAUCAGUCCAGAGUGGUGACCACAUCCCUCCCUGCCAUGUACACCUCUGCUUUGUCCCAACCAGGGGGGACGAUCCAGUACACCCAGCUGCCCCCCAACCUCCAGUUCAUCAGUUCCCCUUACACAGGCCCCUACGCUGGCUACAUCUCCUCCCAGCUCCUCUCUCCCCCUCCACCCACCUCCACAUCCCAACGCUCCCACCCUGACCCUGACCCCUACCCCAACACCACCAUCACCUCCCAGUCCCAGAUCUCUGGUUCCUCUCUGAGCGUGGCCCCCCAGACUGCUCCCUCGCCCCACGGUGGGACACACCACCUGCCCCUCCACCUGCACUCCCAUCCCCACCACACACUGGCCCUCAGCGGGGGCUCCCAGGUGCUGGUCCAGUACACAGGCCCCGGCCCUGAGGGGCCCCUGACUAAGAGAGAGGAGGGCCGGCCCAGGGAGUUGCACAAUGGAGAUCAGAGGGGCCGCUAUGAGAGAAAGGAAAGCAAAGGAACCCCCUCCUCUUCUUCCUCCUCUUCCUCUCAGUACCACCAACUCCACCAGCAGCAGAGCGCACAGCAUCACUAUGAGGCCUACACCUCCCAUGAUGCAUCAGGGCUAAGGACCUCUCUAAUGCUAGUGCCCAACAGCCGCGGAGGACCAGACAACCACAGCCCCGACAAACUACCGCCAUCCGCCGCCUCGCACACAGAGAAAGGCAGCCUCCUCCUGGGUAAACCUGUGUCCUGCACCCCCUCCUCCUCCUCCUCCACCUCCUCCAUGUUCACCUUCCCCCCUCCGCUCAGUGUGGAGAGUCUGAAGGCGGCCGUCAGCUCCCUGUCCCCUCACACCCACACAGUCAUCCAGACCACACACAGCGCCAGCGAUGCUUCGCCCCUCUCCCUGGGCCAACUCUCCACCAACACCAACUUCUACCAGGCUGGCCCCGGCGGGCAGCCCAUCAUCGGCUACCUGGCUGGGAGUGCAGGAGGGCAGCGGUACCACACCAGUCUGCCCCAGCACCUGCUCAUCCCAGGGGCCCCAGGGUCUCAACCUAUCAUCAUCCCCGUCAGUGGGGCCGGGGUCACCAGCCUGGAGGCUGGCCAUGCUGCCCACAUAGCCACUACAACCCAACCACAGUCCUUCCCCACCACGCUACCCCACACUUACGUCACCAACACUACCAACCCUAACCCCAACCCUAAAGAUGAGCAUCUAUUCGAGGUCCCGGCACCCUAUCCCCCUCUCUCCCACCCUGCCGGGGUUGGAGGUACUGUGGUCCAGGCCCAGCUACACCUCCCCGUGGUCCCAGCUCCCACGGCCCCCUCCUCAGCCCCCUCCUCGGCCCCGUCGCUGCCUUCCUACUUCAUCAAGGGCUCUAUCAUCCAGCUGGCGGACGGGGAGCUGAAGCGCGUGGAGGACCUGAAGAGUGAGGACUUCAUCCAGAGCGCUGAGAUCAGCAGCGAGCUGAAGAUAGACUCGUCCACCGUGGAACGCAUCGACGGCAGCCACACCUCCAACUUCGCCAUCGUACAGUUCUCCGUGGGCGAGCAUCGCGCUCAGGUGAGUGUGGAGGUGCUGCUGGAGUAUCCCUUCUUCGUAUUCGGUCAGGGCUGGUCAUCGUGCUGCCCGGACCGGACCACUCAGCUGUUAGAACUACCCUGCACCAAGCUCUCAGUGGGGGACGUCUGCAUCUCCCUCACCCUGAAGAACUUGAGGAACGGCUCCCUGAAGAAGACGCAGCAGACCCAGAACCAGGCUAUUGAGAUCACUACCAGCUGCAAUAUGGGCUCCAUCCACGGCCCCCUCAAAUCCUCCAGGUCAGCCAGACACGGGGAGCAAGAGAACGGGGUGGGCCAGAGGGGCUCCAGGAGUGGAUGUGGGAGAGUGGUGGUUGGAGCAGGUGGAGGUGUUCAGAUCGCCUCAGAGAAUGGGGAACUGAGGUUCGGCGCCGGGGGAGAGGCCAACUCGAAAAGAGGCCAGCCUAGAGAUUCAGAAUCCAGUGGUGGUGCCGCCAAGCCGGUGAGCCGCAAGAGGAGAUGGUCGGCCCCGGAGGGCCGUAAGGUGGAGAGGAGCGAGAAGGAGCCCCCGUUGACUCUGCCCAAACCUUCCUUUAUCACUCAGGAGGUAAAGAUCAGCAUCGAAGGCAGGUCAAAUAUAGGCAAGUAGUGAAGGCAGGAGAUUAAAACAAGACUGUUAAUUCAAAUAUGGGAUUGGAUGGAGAUUCAAAAAAAAAAAAGAAAGAAAGAAAGCCCACAUAAAAUUUUAAUUUUAAUUUUUUCCUUGUUUUUAUUUUCUUCCCGGAUUUCUGUACUGUAGGCAAAAUUUUACCCAGUACUUACAUGUUAUCACCUUACAUUAAGUUAAGUUGGUAAUAACAUUGUAAUAGAUGCGUUCGGUAUUACGUAAACAAGCAACCGGUGCAAUUGUUUUGUUUUUUUUCCCACAAAUCUCUGGGCGAGGGGUUUUGUGAAGUUUUGUAGAUGUUUUAUUGGUGGUUUUGUGGCACACAAGAGCACUGCGUGAUACCUCUCUGGUCAUGUGAUGGCUGCAGGUGGACAAAUACAUAAAAUGAAUAAAACAUGUAGCUUAAAACAUUAGCUUUCCAAUAGCGGCUAGGGGCAUGACUAAACGGGUGUAAUGUAGACCCGUGAGUGAUGUCACUUCCUUUGUGAUGUCACUUCCUGAUACAGGCACUACUGACGAGAGUGUUCAGGAAGUCUGGACUUAAUCACUCUCGACGCCACCCAGUUGCCAUGGUGGCAGACUGAGUUGAUAUGAUGUCAUUUAUCCCAAGUGACUCAAGACGUCUUUAGAUAAGACAGUUCAAAAAGCGUCUGUAGCCAUUUUAAACCCUCAUGACUACACAUCUAAUCCUAAACAAGGGGUCACCGGAAGCCUCGACACUCAUCCAUCUAGACCACUUAGCUAGGUGAUGUCAUCCGGCAGGCCAGUCCAGCCAGGUGAGGUCAUCGAGCGGCGCCAGUCCAGCCAGGUGAGGUCAUCGAGCGGCGCCAGUGUGCCUCUAGAAAGAGGAAACUCUUCCUUCCUUUGUUAUGUUUUGCUGACACUGAUGUCUUUAUGUUAUUAUUUUUGUUUUUGAAAAAAAUUUAUUUUAACUUUUUAAUUUAGUUUUUCUUGUCAAUUUUGACCUUUCAUCCUAUCUUGCCCAGUGAGUUGAUAAUGAUAUAUUUGAUGAUUGUCUAGAACUUUGAGAUCAGGGGUCACAUGUAUGUACGUAUAGUUUCAACCAAGGUGGUUAAGUUAAAUGUCUAUGUUAUUCCUUUAUACCCUAACAAUGCAUACAUUUGCAAUCACACUGGGUUGAAAUGAACUAUGAAAAUAGGAAGAUGAUUAUACUCCAUCCUUUUACUUGGUGCAACCUUUUUAUUUGUAUUCUUAUGGAGAGAGAGGCAGAAAGAAAGAGGUUUUGUUACAAAUGGCACCCUAUUUCAAUAUAGUGCACUACUUUUGACCAAGGCCCUAUCUCUAUGAGCCCGGGUCAAAAGUAGUGCACUAUGUAGGGAAUAGGUUGCCAUUUGGGACUCUGUCAGAAAGUCAGUGUUGAGUCUUUAGAGAGGAGAGGGACAGGAUGUUGUGUUGAAGCACUUUCAUUUGCACACCUGUCACACUCACCAACUGAUGAUAACACAACUAUUAUUAUUAUUAUUAUUAUUGAUCUCUUCAUUAACACAGUACUGUAUGUUUUUGUUAUUUUGACUUAAGGAAGAAGUAGAACUCUGUGGCAGCAGCACUUUUGAACGAUGAAGGGGGUCAUGAUGGUGUCUUGGUGUCUUGGGGUCACAUUACCUUUGAAAGGGAUGAAUGUGACAUGUGAUGGAGUGAGUGCCAGUUAGGAGAGGGAGGGAAAGAGAGAAGAGGAAUAUAGAAGAAGGUAUAAUAUCAGAGAGUGCUUUUUGUUGAGGCACUUUACUCAAAUCAAAACAUGCUUUUCAAAAUAUGCGUGUGGUCAAAAAAUUUACUUUUCGACACGUAACUGCCUUGUCAAGGAUAUCAAAGGUCAAUGAAAUCCAGAAGAAGAAUGGUAAAGAAUGGGAAUAACUGUGGGAAUGUCCAGGUAUGUUGUGGACGAGAUUGAGAGACAUUUAUAGACGCUCUGGCCACAGAAUAUCUGAAGGGCGUCAUAUACAUAAUGUAUGUAUGCAAGUGUGCAUGAAUGCAGGUAUGUGUUAGUGCACACACACUCACAAGAGCACACACACUCACACGGACACACACACGGAAUACAGUACCCACACAGACAGGCACUCUCCUAAAGGAGAGGAUUGUAUGUAUUUCAUACUUGUUGAUAUACGUUUAGUAUGUAUACAAAUACUUUUGUGGCAUAGAUAUUUCCACUUGAUGAUAUAGAGAAGCCAAGAGAUUUGAGUAGCAGACGAAGAUGAUAGUUAGUCUCAGUGCUCUGUGCAGUGUGUGUUUGUUGGUGUGUGUGUGUGUGUACGUGUGUUUGGAUAUGUGUAUAGAAAUAUCAUAUAACUUAAUAUGAUAUAUCCAAUGUAAAAUGUCCAGUGUUUCUGUUUUUGGAGUUCUACUUAAGAGAAACUUGCAAUUUGCACAUCUGGAGAGGUAGUCAGUUGGGUGACAUUACUUUUUGACUGUGUUCAAAAUAUACUUUUCUCUAUAUAGUGCACUGGCCAAAAGUAGUGCACUAUAUAGGGAAUAGGAUGCCAUUUCAGACACAACUAUGUUUUCCGCUAGGUUGCACACACACACAGAACUGAAACCCCAUUUUACUGAAUUGUAGCAGUUAUUUAACAAGUGUGAUCCAUGCUGAUUGUCUCCAAUGCUCUCUGCUCUGCUCCUCAUUGGACCACACCUGUGGCAUGUCCAAGUCCCGCCCACUUGUUGCGUGUUUGGUUGAGAGACAUUGUGGAGACGGGGGCGGGGCCACCAGCAGGUACACCUGUUGAGCUCUCUGAUUGGCCGCGAUUUUCAGGUGUGUUUAGGUGGUAGAAGAUGUGGCAGAGAACUAGAAGUAUGUAGAAGUUGCUUCUAACUACUGCUCUAGGUUCAAAUGUUUAGUUCAUCCGGCUAAUGGUUAGUGUUAGGAGUGGGUGCAGGCCAGAGGAGGCUAUUGGGAUGAGCUAUAGGAAGGACGGGUUCAUUGUAAUUGCUGGAAUAUUGGAACGGAGUCAAACAUGUGGUUUCCAUAUGUUUGAUACUGUUCCAUAUAUUUCAUUCCAUCCAUUCCAAUGAGCCCGUCCUCCUAUAUCUCCUCCCACCAGCCUCCUCUGGUGUAGGCUAAUCUGAUCCUAGAUCUGUGGUUAAGAACAACUCCUACGUGGACUGUGGUGAAAUAGGAGGAUGGAUGCGGGUGGUCGGCGUAGUGAUGGACGGAUGGAUGUGUGACUUGGAUGGAUGGAUGGAUGGAUAAAGACAGAUGGGUGAUGGUGAGUGAGUAUACACCCCGUAUAGGUUUGAAAAUGCUUUAUUUUUUAUAAUAAAACAGGGUUUCUCAGAUCAACA